AUGUGGAAAGGAAGAUGGGAAGGCUGCAAGGAUCCAGAAAAUGAAAUUGUGCAGAAGAUCUGGAGGUCAAGAAAGCUUAUGUUGAUACGUACCCCUGCUCAUCCAAAUGAUUUUAGACUCCGUGAUCCUGAUGAGAAUCUUGUUACUACUUCUGAGUCUUGUUCUUGGGCUGCUGAUGAGCAAGCUUGUUGUAUUGAUAACCCAAACCUGAUGCAUGGAGAACCUCAAAGUUGGUUGCAAGUAGCAAUAAGAGACCUCCCUGCAACUUUUGCAAACUGGAGAAGAAGGCAAUUAGAGAAAUGGGAACUGACCAAAUCUUUGGAGCAAGAAAUGAAAGACAAACUAAAGUCUCUGAAGGAGGAUUCAGAGGAAGAGAACUGUCAAGAUAUGUUCUCAGAGGUGAAAGAUGAUGGGGCAGCAGAACCUGAACCUACACUUACAUCUGUGGAUGAGAUUAAAGAGAAAUCUGAUAGCUUGCUUUGGGAGCAGAAGGACAAUGGAGUAGCACUAGAGGAUGAAGAGAAAGAGAACCCAGAUUUCAUACUUCAGGAGCAAAUGGAUGAUGAAGCAACAAAUUUUGAAUAUACCAUGGCAGAUAAUAAUGAGUCUGUUUCUGCCUGCACACGAAAUCAGGAUCUGCUGCAGAUCUCUUCAUUCUGUGGCAGUCAUGAGCUCCACUCCAUAGAUCUGGAUUCUGUUGACAGCCAUGUAAUGACGAAAAUAGAUGAUAUUUCUCCUCGUGUAUCGGGGUAUUCAGAUAAUUUUAACCAUGUGGAUGUUCCUUUUAGUCGGGGGAAUGCUGUAUCUUCUGCUGGUGAUGCUUGGCCAACGGUUAGUGUGCCAGGUUCGUAUUAUCAUUCUAUUUCUGUUAACCAUGAUUAUGCUUCUGCCCAUGACUUGUCACUUGGGCAUCCAGAAGAUAGUGACAAGCAACCAACCCACCAAUUGAUUGAUUUGGAAUGUAAUUUGAGGGACGAAGACCCUGGGAGAAAUUUUUUGCACAGACAAUCCAAUGGGGUGGAAACUAGUCAGUUUCCUGGGCAUUUUAGGGAGCAGCUGUGUUCACCACUGCCUCUGGAGCUGGGGCAGAAGCGACUGAACGAUCUUUACUUACUCCGGAACACACAGCAGAAUAUGUACCCCGGUAGAAAUAGGUAUUCUAUCCCAAGGGAAGAACACUUCUUGCCCAUCAAAAUUCCUGAUUUGGCUGUUAAUAACACCCGGAUGUCAGCACCUCCCCAAUCUCAUUUGAAUGGUGGAGAGUUGUUAAGACGGGAUUGGUUUUCUGAUGAGCGUCGAGCCCAUAGUGGCUGGUCUGGUGCAGAGGGUGCUGUCAUUCCCAAUAGCUUUGGAAAUGGAAGCAAUGUAGACCAGAGCCUAUUUAGUGUUCUAUCUGAGUGUAGUAAGUUACGCUCUGGUGCCCCCUAUAAUCCGAUGUGCACUACUGAACAGUUCACUCAGUCACGGAACUAUGACGGAUUAGGUGGGGGCAUACACACAACCAGCAACAUGUUACCCCAGAUAGCUAAUCCAUUUAAUCACUUGAGUGGGCAUGAAGCUGCUGCUGGCCUAAAGAAUAACAAUAUGGAAUGGAUGAGUUUGCCAUUUCAAGAGUCUGUUGUUCAGGACUCGAUUUGUAACCAUUCUUGAGGUCCUGGCAUCAUUAAGAAUUUGUUUGCCAUUGUUUGGACAAGUGACUUGCUAGUCUGUGGGUGGUUUGGAAGGGCAGGAUAAGACAGGUGAUGAAUACAAGAGCCUUGUAAAAGGAGUUUUCGGCUAUUGCUUUUGGUAUGAAAAGCUACCCAAGGUUUGUUUGGGAGAGUGGAGAGGCCCAUGGUAUGACACUACGCAAGUACAAAUACAAGUCCAAUACCAUGUAUAUAUUUAGACUCUAGAGGAAGAGGGGGAAUAGUUAUUGAAGGGAUAGAAAAAAAAUAUCAGGACCUCUUAUUUGAUAGGUAAGUCAUGAAGCAUAUUUUAAUUCGGUUGGGAUUUUUUUUUCUCCCUUCUGUAUUGCACAUUCUGAUAUACUAAAGCUGCCACUGUGGAGAUGCAUAUUCAUUGGAGUAUGUGACGGCUAAUAAUUGACAGAGAUGAC